GGCGAGCGGCGCCUCCCGGGUGUCGGCCCCGGCGCCCCCGACCGCGUCCGGCAGUGGCGAGACGGUUCCGGGCGAGCCUGCGGCGGUCGCCACCCCUCCGGACGCUCCGAAGUCCCCGGCGCGGUGCGCAUUCCGGCUGCCCGCAUGGACGCGGCGCUGAAGCGGGGCCGCUCGGAGGAGCCGGCUGAGCUUGUGCCGUCUACCCGGGACUUGGAGGAGGAGGAGGAAGAGGGGAUGGAGCAGGGGCUGGAGGAGGAAGAAGAAGUGGAUCCCCGGAUCCAGGGAGAACUGGAGAAGUUAAAUCAGUCCACAGAUGACAUCAACAGACGGGAGACUGAACUUGAGGACGCUCGUCAGAAGUUCCGCUCUGUUCUGGUUGAAGCAACAGUGAAACUGGACGAACUGGUGAAGAAAAUUGGCAAAGCCGUGGAAGACUCGAAGCCCUACUGGGAGGCGCGGAAGGUGGCGAGGCAGGCUCAGCUGGAAGCUCAGAAAGCCACGCAGGACUUCCAGAGGGCCACAGAGGUGCUACGUGCUGCCAAGGAAACCAUCUCCCUGGCUGAGCAGCGGCUGCUGGAGGAUGACAAGCGGCAGUUCGACUCGGCCUGGCAGGAGAUGCUGAAUCACGCCACUCAGAGGGUCAUGGAGGCAGAACAGACCAAGACGAGGAGUGAGCUGGUGCACAAGGAGACGGCGGCCAGGUACAACGCGGCUAUGGGCCGCAUGCGGCAGCUGGAGAAGAAACUCAAGAGAGCCAUCAACAAGUCCAAGCCUUAUUUUGAACUCAAAGCGAAGUACUACGUGCAGCUUGAGCAACUGAAGAAGACCGUGGACGACCUGCAGGCCAAACUGGCCCUGGCGAAAGGCGAGUAUAAGACAGCCCUGAAGAACCUGGAGAUGAUCUCAGACGAGAUCCACGAGCGGCGGCGUUCCAGCGCCAUGGGGCCCCGCGGCUGUGGCGUCGGGGCCGAGGGCAGCAGCACGUCCGUGGAGGACCUGACGGGGGGCAAGCCUGAGCCGGACGCCGUUUCUGUGGCCUCUGAGGCCUUUGAAGAUGACAACUGCAGCAACUUUGUGUCUGAAGAUGACUCAGAAACCCAGUCUGUGUCCAGCUUUAGUUCAGGACCAACGAGCCCAUCCGAGAUGCCCGACCGAUUCCCUGCGGUCGCGAGGCCUGGGAGCCUGGAUCUGCCAAGCCCCGUGUCCCUGUCAGAGUUUGGGCUGAUGUUCCCGGUGUUGGGCCCUCGAAGCGAAUGCAGUGGGGCCUCCUCCCCUGAGUGUGAGGUAGAACGAGGAGACAGGGCAGAAGGGGCAGAGAAUAAAACGAGUGACAAAGCCAACAACAAUCGGGGUCUCAGCAACAGCAGUGGUGGUGGCAAGAGCCAAAGCAGCAGCUCCCCUGAGGGCCAGGCCUUGGAGAGCAGGAUGAAGCGGCUCUCCCUCCAGUGCGCAAAGGGAAGAGACGGCAUUCUUGCUGACCUAAAAGUCGUGCAGAUCGGCUGAUCCAUCCAAGGCCCGGGCCCAAGUGCAUAUCGAAAUUUAUACCUGAAACUGUACGGAGAACAUUGUGCCAAUAAUCAUUUAAUAUAUGCCAAAUCUUAAGCGUUUACUCUAAACUGCACUAACGAAGUUUCAGUGACCUUGAGGGCUGACGGUCUUUCUUCUGGGAGCGCUCUUGGGCUGGCUGGUUCUUUCAGAGCAGAGGUGGUGUUGCAGGUGCACUGUGCCCAGGUCACAGCCUUGUGGAGUGUUACCGGAAACAGUGUUAUGGAAGCAAUAACUAGUUCCCAGGAAAGCACCUGAGCCAGAAGAGGGGCUGGGAAGCUGAGCCAAAUGGGGGUCAACAGCUCGCUUCUCUUUCCCUUCUCUCACCCUGUUUGUUUGGGAAAAUGGAGAUGUUCUCUCCUUUAUAUCCCAGGGGAUCUAAAUGAAAAGACAAAAACAACACAAGGACAAAACUCAAAUCUUAAGAACACACCUUUUUGACCCUGUGAAGGCUUAAAAAAAUCCAAGAACACUAUUCCUUUUCAUCCUCUCUGGUGUUCAGAAGGGGCUUUUUAAAAAGUGUGUAUGCUGGGACACCCAAGAAAACCAUUUUCUCCGGAGGUUACCAUGAACAGCACUUUCUGGGGUGGGAAAGGUGAAUGCCAGUGUGGGGAUGGGGGGAAGAGGGUAGCAGGGAUAUUUCUUAGAAGGGGAUUCGUGGCUGAGAGAGAAGGUUCCAUCGCAUAAACCGCAUCCUACCAGCCAAGGGGACUUAUUCUGAGAAGUGCAUGUGAAGAAUGGUUGCCACUGUUAUAUCUAGACUGACAAGGUGUUAAUUUCUCUGUAGGUUGUAACUUUAAAAAUAAACAAUUCUUUAAGGGUUAUGCUGCACUAGUAUUUCUUAGAGGAAACUGUUCCCUAAAGCUAGGAAGGGGAGUAGGCAUGUGCUGGCAAAGGCUGUUGAAUAGAAGCAAUGGAGUGUUAUGCUAAUAGUGUUAAGACUGCUUAUCCUUAAUGUUUUCAUGGUUACACACAUUUAAAACACUGUAUUUUACUUGUCCUUUUUUGUUAAAAAAGUUAGCAUUUCUCAAAGAAAAGCAAUCCCAUUUCAAGUUGUCUGUUAAUUUUGACGCAGCUUGUAUAUUUUAGUCAUUUGUAAAUCUCUUCAUACUGUAGUGUUUUCUCCUUUUUUAAUGACUGAUACAGUAUCCUAAUUAUAAGGUUAUUUUGUACUUGUCUUAAUACCUUGAGUGUAAUAAAAAUGGCUUAAGAAAAGG